CGCGCGGCGCCUGUCAGCGCGAACGGCGCCGCUCGCCACCUCACUCUGAACCUCGAGGAGGAGCGGCGGAGACGAGAGCGGCUGGGCUCCGACAUGGCGAAAGACGGAGCGGCUAUGACAGAGGAAACCGAGUACAUGAUAGACAGGCAUGUGGGGAGAGAGGCGGAAGCCGCCGAGUCGCCCGGCGGUGCCAAAGAGAUGCGAGCGGUGAUGCUGGCGGGGUUCGGGGGGCUCAACAAACUCAGGGUGACCAGGAGAGCGAUGCCCGAGCCGCAGGAUGGUGAAGUGAAGAUCCGCGUCAAAGCGUGUGGCUUGAAUUUCCUGGAUCUGAUGGUGCGUCAGGGGACUAUUGACAAUCCUCCAAAACCUCCUCUUGUCCCCGGGUUUGAAUGCGCUGGAAUAGUGGAGUCGGUGGGUGAAAACACGAAGGGAUUUGAGAUAGGCGAUAGAGUUAUGGCUUUUGUGAAUUACAAUGCCUGGGCAGAAGUGGUUUGCACACCAGUGGACUUUGUCUACAAGAUGCCGGAUGACAUGGCUUUUGCUGAGGCUGCAGCGUUCUCCCUGAACUUUGUGGCUGCCUACAUGAUGCUCUUUGAGGUGGCCAAUUUGCGAGAGGGGAUGUCGGUGUUGGUGCACUCAGCGGGAGGUGGUGUAGGUCAAGCUGUGGCUCAGCUGUGCUCCACUGUUCCUAAUGUCACUGUGUUUGGGAUCGCCUCAUGUUUCAAACACGCGGCCAUCAGAGACUCUGUGACUCACCUGUUUGACAGAAAUGUUGAUUACAUACAAGAAGUCAAAAAAAUUUCUCCAGAGGGAGUAGACAUCUUGCUGGACUGCCUGUGUGGGGAGAACACGGGGAAAGGCCUGAGUCUACUGAAGCCGUUGGGAACUUACAUCCUCUAUGGCGCGUCAAACAUGGUAACUGGGGAAACAAAGAGUUUCUUCAGCUUUGCAAAAUCUUGGUGGCAGGUGGAGAAGGUGAACCCUAUUAAACUAUAUGAGGAGAACAAAGUCAUAGCUGGAUUCUCGCUCCUCAACCUCCUAUUUAAACAAGGGAAAUGUCAUCUUGUGAGAUCAGUGAUGGACAAACUCUUGUGUCUCUAUGAGCAAAAGAAGAUCAAGCCGGUAGUGGACUCUCUGUGGGCAUUGGAGGAGGUAAAAGAGGCCAUGCAGAGAAUUCACGACAGAGGCAACAUAGGAAAACUCAUUCUGGAUGUCGAGAAGUCUCCCACCCCUCUGAUGGCCAGCGACAGCACCGAGACCAGUGAGGCUGGAGAGGAAGAAGAGGAGCCCGAGGGAGACAACGACAGCAAGGAGCGGAUGCCUUUCAUCCAUUAGACCCGACGAACCCCUCGGCAGCACGCCUAGAGACUGGAGAGGCUGCACAGAUCCACCACAGAGGAACACAACCACACACCAGUGUUGUGCAGUAUGUGCUAUAUGCAUGUAUGCAUGAAUGUAUGUAUGUACAGUGUAUGUUUGUGCCUCUUGUGCGUUACCUAUUGUUUGUCAGUUGAUUGGUCAAGCAAACUUUUUUGGGUAAAUGAAGACUAAUAACAUUUUUGUCACCCAGGCAACAAGUGCAAGUGCCAUUCUCAGAAUAGUAUUAUUAUAUUCUUUACUGUAUUAUGAAGUAACAUUAUGCUAGCCAAUAAUGUGAAUAGGUUCGUGUCCAUUUUUACAGUUGAUUUCAUUGGCCAGCAGUUUAUUGAAUUAGCAACAAGCAUUUAGACCAGCUGACUUUGGUUUUGUCACGUUCAGAUUACCACCUUUAAAAUUAGAUUUAGUAUAGCACGUAAGUGUCAUAUACCCUAACAAGCUUAGCAUGCCUAAACAUUUCACGGGAUAGAAAAACAUUUAAUUUAAUUCUUACCUCUUCUUAGUGACGACAGAUGAAAAUGAGAGCAGACCAUUGACACAAGUUUGAGAAAAUGACCCCAAUGUUUUGACGUUUCUGACCAAGAGAGUGAAUCCCUUUCUCGUGUUACAAUAGUGAUGUGUAGGCCAGGAGAGUCAGAAAAGUCUAUGUGUAGAUAUUUGCACGAUAUUUUAUUCUUAGGCGCCCAGCUUGUAAUAUUAUGGGAUCACCAGUGCCUUUGAGGUAUAGACGAGCGUUUGAUACUGGAAAAGCUUUCCUCGUGUGACGUUCAUAUUGAACAAGCAAACAAAAAAGGUAUUUUUAACAGGAAUGUGAAAACAGAUGUGUAUGCUAUUUAAAAUUCUUCCUGGCGUGAUCAUAUAAUAUAUAGUAAGGACACAUUUCCCCACUAAUCUGCAUAUUCAGAACCUUAUUAUGUAUAUCUUCCGGUCACAAGAAGUUGACAGUUUUGUAAACACUGGAGUGGCACAGAACAAAUUAGAGUUUAAAGACAUCAAAUUUCUGUCUGUAAAAAUCUUGGAGGAUAUAUAUACAUACAAGAGAAACUAAGAUAAAUCUGUAAAUUGUGGAUUUUCUUAAGGAGGAUCAAGAAAUAGUCAGACUGCAGUCCUGCAAGGUCUGUGGAGUCUCGGCUUUACUUGUCUGACCAAAGCUGUUUACUUGCUGGUGCUUCACUACAAAAGUGCCAUAAAACUCCAAGAUAAAUGAUUUUUACAUUGAGCUGGUGUAUAAAAGUAGGGUGAUUUAGGUUUGUGCCACACUGUGUAUUACUUUAUUUAAGUAUGAUGCCCUCUACUUUACUCUGAAUCUGCCGAGUUGCUAAUGAAAUGCAGGAGAGGAACAGCUGGCAAGGAACAAAUGUUUGCCACAAACUGGCACUCCUCUUAUCAGUUCAUUGAUCCGUUUUUAUUUGUAAUUUAUCAAAUUAAAACAAAACUGCAAUGUAUUUGGGUUUCACUACUUAUUAGGCCAUGCUUAGUCAGUGUGUUUCAUUUCGGCUAGUCAUCUGAAUUGUUUAUUACUUCACAGAGAGUAUAUCAAAAAGCAUUUUCUCACAUAUAGAAAAAUAUAGAAAGAAUAAAACAAGUUAACACUUAAAAAUCUUGCCACUUUAAGAAAUGAAAAAUGUAUCAGCUUAGCAACAGCAAAACUAACAGGAGUAAACGCUGCAUGCUUUGAAGUUGAAUGAUAAAGAGUGGGGAGACGGUGUUAAUGCGUGUACUCAAGGCAUGAAAUGAAAAAUUUUAGAAGUUGAUUUCUAGACUUGGAAAUAGGGAUAAUGAUGCAUCGACACUCUGAAAAUACAUCUCAGUUUUGAUACCUUUAAUGUCAGGUCUGUUUGUGUGUGGUUGAAAGAGAGAGAGAGAGAGAGAGAGAGAUAGUGCAUGUUUUUGAGUCUAUGUAUUCAUAUGGCCUUGUAAAAAAAAAAAAAGAAAAAAAAGGAAAAUCGUGUCUAAAGAAGUGUUUGGCAUUGUAGUAUAUUCACAAAAUUCCUCAUAAGCUAUGGUUUACCUGUGGUCGUAUAUUUUUGUCACAUUUUUCGUUGUGUACUUUCUUUGACUACAGCUCUGUUUACUUG